AUGGCGGACGAAGCUGAACCUGAAGUUGCUAUACAGAAAAUUCAAAAAAGUGAUGCGUUAUUUGCGGAAUUACUCCAAGAAUUUCCUACUAUAUACAACCAAGCAUCAAAGGAUUUCAAAGCCAAGAAUAAGAAAGCAAACUGCUUAAGAUUAUUAAGUUCAUUAACUAAACUGUGA